AUAUUGUAAUUAUGAUUGUUGUGAGUCACUGUGUCGACCGACCUGGGCUCCGUAAUACAAAGAUUUGCAAUCAAUCGCUAUAUACCAAUGACCAAUCAAGAUCAUCAUUGUAUGCGCACUCUGUUUAUAAUACUGACUGGGAGCCAAUGAGCGCGGUUCUUUCAUAUUUGCAAUUCAUCGCAAACCUUCGUGUUACGGAGCCCUGGACUGAGAAACAACAUUGCCGAGCUUUGCUGGGCCUGCAGCUUGGGCCAGCUAGCACGCGCUUAGACCAAAAGCUUCGGUCUCUGUUUUGUUGGUUGUUCAGCUGAACUCCGCUGGCUUCACUCACCAAAUACAGAGACCGAAGUUCUAGUGCGAUCUGUACAGGGGACUCAAUGGCCAUAUGUUGAUGUACUUAAGAUUAAUUGGAUAGAGCGGGGAAGUGAAUUUGCACAACAGCCGAGGUUCAACCUUCACCAUCAAACAGGAAGUAGAUGAAGACAUGACCAACCCUGAUACAGCUCAAGACCAAUGGAAUACACAAGGUUCGACCUUCACCAUCAAACAGGAAGUAGAUGAAGACAUGACCAACCCUGAUACAGCUCAAGACCAAUGGAAUACACAAGGUUCAACCUUCACCAUCAAACAGGAAGUAGAUGAAGACAUGACCAACCCUGAUACAGCUCAAGACCAAUGGAAUACACAAGAUAAAGAUCUUUUGGAUGGAGAGGACAUGAGACAAUCAUCCAUUACAGAAUGCAGUGAAGAUGAGUCCCAUCCGUGUUUACAAUGCAAUAAGACAUUUACAGAUGAGAAUUCUUUAGUUCUACAUCAUAAAACACACUCUAGGGAAGUUGAGUUUUCUAGUCAUGCUUGGACAGAGAUUGGAGACAGAUGCUUCAAGUGCCCCCAUUGUCAUAAGAAUUUUGAAUGUAGGGAUACUCUUAUGACCCAUGUGAGCACACACACUGGAGAAGAAUCUUAUAGUUCUCAUUGUGAAAAGGGAUCUUCUCAAAAGAGUUAUCUUACCCAUCAUAUAAGAACACAUACAGGAAAAAAAACCUUUAUCUGCUCUCAUUGUGAGAAGGGAUUUUCUCAAAAGGGCGAUCUUACCCGUCAUAUAAGAAUACACACAGGAGAAAAACCCUAUAUUUGCUCUCAUUGUGAGAAGGGAUUUGUUAAAAAAAGUGAUCUUACCCAGCAUGUACGAACACACACAGGAGAAAAACCCUAUAUUUGUUCUCAUUGCCAGAAAAGAUUUUCUCACAAGACCACUCUUACAAAUCAUAUUAGAACACAUACAGGAGAAAAACCCUAUAUUUGCCCUCAAUGUGAGAAGAGAUUUUCUCGAAAGGGCGAUCUUACCCAUCAUAUAAGAAUACACUCAGGAGAAAAUCCUUAUCAUUGCUCGUAUUGUGAGAAGAGAUUUUCUGACAAGACCACUCUUACAAAUCAUAUUGGAAUACACACAGGAGAAAAACCCUAUAUUUGCUCUCAUUGUGAGAAGAGAUUUUCUGACAAGACCAAUCUUACAAAUCAUAUUAGAACACAUACUGGAGAAAAACCCCAUAUUUGCUCUCUUUGUGAAAGAGGAUUUUCUCAAAAGGGUGAUCUUACCCGUCAUAUGAGCACACACACUGGAGAAAAAUUUUAUCGUUGCUCUUAUUGUGAGAAGAGAUUUUCUAAAAAGAAUGAUCUUACCUGUCAUAUUAGAACACAUACUGGAUCAAAACCCUAUAUUUGCUCUCAUUGUGAGAAGAGAUUUACUGACAAGUCCACUCUUACCCGUCAUAUAAGAACACACACAGGAGAAAAACCUUAUCAUUGCUCUUAUUGUGACAAGAGAUUUUCAGACAAGGUCAAUCUUACAAAUCAUAUCAGAACACACACUGGAGAAAAACCCUUUAUUUGCUCUCAUUGUGAUCAGAGAUUUUCUAAAAAGAGUCUUCUUUCCCGUCAUAUAAGAACAUACACAGGAGAAAAACCUUAUCGUUGCUCUCAUUGUGACAAGAGAUUUUUUGACAAGGCUGUUCUUACAAAUCAUAUUAGAACACAUACUGGAGAAAAGCCAUAUAUUUGCUCUCAUUGUGAGAAGAAAUUUACUAAAAAGAGUCAUCUUACCAGUCAUAUUAGAACACACACAGGAGAAAAACCUUAUCGUUGCUCUCAUUGUGAAAGAGGAUUUUCUCAAAAGGGCGAUCUUACCCGUCAUAUAAGAACACACAGGAGAAAAACAUAAUCGUUGCUCUCAUUGUGAAAGAGAUUUUCUGACAAGUUCAAUCUUACAAAUCAUAUCAGGGGCCUGUAUCACUAAACAGUACUUAGUGUAACGGGACUUAGUGUCGCUGCGACGCUUCAUACACUAAGACGGGUCUUACUGACGUCCUGUUGGUGUGUCAGUUCCACUCAACAGUUCUUUACUAAGUCCUGUGUGCGACGCGUCUUCAAUAAUAAAAUGUCUCGAUUUUGAGUCUAUGAAGCCUAAUUUCGUGACCUUCGACCUUGUGUGAAGAUAAAAAGUAGUAAUUUCCCACAAGUUUUCGUCUGCGACUAAAAAGUGAAAGGAGGAAUUUUGUCACUUAAACAUAAUUUUGACCUACUGUAGGAGUAUAAUGGGGAAGGUAUGGUAUUAACCUUUUUCUUAAGACAACAUAAGAUCUAGAAGUAAAAUAUUGAAAGUGAAAUGUAUGCAGGGGAAGUUAGUGAUGGAAGUUGUAUUUGAUACCUCGACGAAUCGCUGCCGAUUUAUUAAUUAAUGAUUGACAGUGAACUGUGCUUGUGGCGGUAGCGAGCCCGCUGUAGCUGUCAGUCUGGUCGUGGAUUACAAUCAUGCUAUUUCUCAUGCACGACCAAACUAUUAACUAGACUAAGUUGUAGUAGGUCUAGUAUCAGUACUGGCCCGCGGUACUGGCAGUAGGCCUAGACCGAAAAUUUCUGUCUCUUUUGUUCGUUAGCCGCUGAUUUGGGUAGGGUCGGCUCCUCUCUUUAGACCGACCCUACCCCAUCAGAUUCGGAGUAAGAGGCUAACGAACGAAACUAAAGGCGUAAAGUCUAAAGAGACAUAAUUUUUUGGUCUAGGCCUGGCUACAAGUACAACUUACCAGAAGGCCUAGUACUUGUAGAUACUAAUAGAUCUAGUAGAGAUCUAGAUCUAAAUCUAAUGUUAAUCUUAGUCUUACUGAGUUACUCUUAGACUUUUAGUUGGGGCCUAGACUAUACCCUAGACAAGUAGUAGUAGGCCUAGACUCUCUAGGUUUAGGCCUGCUCCCGACCUACGGUCCUUAGUGAGCAACUUAGUCUUACUCUUAGAUUUAUUUAGAUCUAGGGACAGGGUCUAUAAUCAAUACUAGCAGUAGCAGUACCAGUGGCAGUACUACCAGUAUCAAGUAGAUUUCUAGAUCUAGCAGGGUCAGGGGACAGUCACAUAGAAUUAGAUCUAGAUGAUAGAUCUAGAACUCUAGACUCUAGGCCUAGACUCUAGUAGAUCUAGGCCUACUAGUAGAACUAGAAUAGAAGUAGACCUCUAGCCUAGAACUGAAUUGGACAAGAUUGUUAAUGUAACUGUUACUCUUAGUAGUGUUAGCAAUAAAACUGAAAAUAUUUCUGCAUUAUAGACCUAGAUGUAGACUAGUCUAGACCCUAGACCUAUUUAUAAAUUGAAAUUAAUAUUUUGUAGAUUCUAGGCCUAGAUCUACACAAUUGGUCGUACGUGAGAAAUAGUGUGGAUGUACACUAGAUCUAGAUCUCUAUAUAGUAUAUGGCAGUACUAUCGCUCAUUUCUAUUCACACUGUCUAAUUAAUUACAUGCCUUUGAAUUUGAUAAUAAAUUUAUCACAUGACAUUACACUAAGAACAGUUCCUACGUCUCAACGAAACGUAGGCUACGCUCUGUAUGCAACUUAGUUAAAUGGGUACUAAGUACGGUACGUGUCUUGGUGGUCUUUGUGAAACUCCCGCUAAGAUGCAUCUUAUACUAAGUCCUAUAACCGGACUUAUGGAUGCUUAAGACGCAUCUUAGCACUUAGUGAAACAGGCCCCAGAACACACACUGGAGAAAAACCCGAUGUUUGCUCUCAUUGUGGUCAGAGAUUUUCUAAAGAGUCAUCUUUUCUGUCAUAGAAGGACACACACAGGAGAAUAACCUUAUCGUUGCUCUCAUUGUGACAAGAGAUUUUCUAACAAUGUCGGUCUUACAUAUCAUAUUAGGACACAUACAGGAGAAAAAAAUGUAUUUUUGUUCUCAUUGUGAGAAGGGAUUCUCUGAUGAGAACACUUACAAUUCAUAUUAGAAUACAAUUCAUAUUAGAAUACAUACUGGAUCAAAACUCAAUAUUUGCUCUCUUUGUGAAAGAGGAUUUUCUCAAAAGGGCGAUCUUACCCGUCAUAUAAGAACACACAGAGGAAAAAAACUUAUUGUUGCUCUCAUUGUGAAAGAGGAUUUUCUCAAAAGGGCGAUCUUACUCGUCAUAUAAGAACACACAGCGCCAAGGGUUAAUAAAGUAAGACUUUAUAAGUGAAUAAACUAGACAAUAUUGAGAUUACGUGUGACUGUCUUUUAUGACCAUGGCCAAGAGACCAACACAAGGUGGCGCGCUUACACUUAGCGGUUGCAACAUCGAAUCAUCAUUAUUACUAAUAUAACAUACUGGCGUGACUGCCUCUUACUUUUCUCUCCUCUUUUACAAUAUAAUCUGUAUAACAAAUUCAUGAUGAUUCGUAACUAGCUCACUAUUAAAUAAAAGGGGUUAGACCUCCGUUGGUGUAAUAGCUACAUACCACCACAACACACCACAAUAUCGAAUAUCAUUAUUAUACUAACACAAAUUACUGGCGCAGAGGAGAAAAACCUUAUCGUUGCUCUCUUUGUGAAAGAGGAUUUUCUCAAAAGGGCAAUCUUACCCAUCAUUUAAGAACAUAUUUGGGAGAAAAACCCUAUAUUUGCACUCAUUGUGAGAAGGGAUUUGCUAAAAAGAUUGAUCUUACAUGUACCUGUCAUAUAUGAACACACACAGGAGAAAACCCUAUAUUUGCCCUCAUUCUGAUAAGAGGUUUGCUGAAAAGGGCAAUCCCACCUGUCAUAUUAUAAGAACACAUAAAGGAGAAUAACCCUGUAUUUAAUCAUAUUGUGGAAAGGUAUUUGCAAAAAAGAGUGAUCUUGCAACUCAUAGGAACACAUGCUGCAGAAAAAAACUUUAUCCUUGCUCUCACUGUGAAAAUGGAUUUUGUAAACAGAGCUGUCAUACACGUCAUUUAAGGACACGCACAUAGGAGAAAACCCCUAGAUUUUUUCUCAUUGU